AUGGGUAUUUUGUUUUUUGUUUCGAAAAAUCCGAACGUGAAUAUUUUGGUUCUCGGCCUCGUUUUCGCCAUCUAUGGCUUCCUCAUCGUCGAAUCACAAGAAGGAACCGGAGUUCCAUUACCGCCACCGCCACCUCCGAUUGAGAAUGUGCCGCCGCCGCCGCUUCGGCUUGAGGAGAUGAAUUUAUUUCCUCCGCCACCCCUCGAUGUGGCCGUUAUCCCGCCGCCGCCACCGCCAUUCGACGUGGGCGUUAUCCUGUCGCCGCCACCUCCGCCACUCGACGUCGUCGUUAUCCCUCCGCCGCCACCGCCACCGACGUCGGAGCAACCUCCGCCGCCGCUGCCACCUCCACCUUCACAACUCCCUCCACCUCCGCCGGAAUCUCCACCUCCACCGGCACCUACACCUCCGCCUCCGUCUCCGCCUCCGUCUCCGCCUCCGCAAACGAACGGCAAGGAUUCUUCCAAUAGGAAUCGGCGGGCCUCCACCGCAGCUCGAAGAAAAGUCAAAAAGCAGUGGACUUAA